AUGACAGCUCAACCCGAAUCAUUUCAAUUCAGUCCUCAAUGGAUUAGGGAAUUAUCUGAUGAUGCAUUUAACUCUAGAAGACAACCAAGUCAUAGUCCAACUGAAGGUCGCGUUUCCAGCAAAUCUCCCAACCUGUUCUCAAACUUCGUCCAGAAACAUUCUAAUUGUUCUGUUCCCGGGGAUAAACGAAAAGAUAUAAUUGUAGGUAAAGUUUCGAAACUUGUGUGGCCAGGUGACACCAUAUACGCACCUUCUGUAGCUGAAACGGACAGUCAAGAACAAUCUUCCAGAGAGGUGACCAAACAAUAUUCACACAGCAUACAGUUUUCUGACUCUAUAUAUGGUCAAAAAUCCAAUGUCAAUCAAGUCAUCAAUCCUGCUAACCAUUGUGUUGAUACCAACAAACAGGCAAUGCAAUGGACUCAGAAGUCCUCUAUGAUUUCUCCUUCCGAACCGUGUUGGCAUCUCGACUCAGACUCAGGCAUUAAAACGUCCGUGAACAAAGUACCAGAUACAAUAGGCCUGAAUACGACAGGUCAUUAUUUGCCUUCAUCAAGUGCCCGACCUCUUGAAGUGCAGCAUAUAGGGGGUUCUCUCUUAUCAGGAAAUUCGUCAGUUGUGAGCAACCCAACGUUGAAUAUAAAUUCUAUUUUACCUAAUGAUGGUAUCCCAGUUCCCCGAUCAGAUCCAUAUAGUCAUAAUAAUACUGAUUCAUAUAAUAAUCAGAGUAAACGGGCUGUCAGUGCUUAUUAUGGAAUCAAUGAUCCAGACAAGACCUUAGAUUCCAGUGUAAACUCAAACGCUAUAUGGAUGCAGCAGCAUAUAUGGUCAAAGUCUGUUCCACAGCACUUACAUGGCUUUAACCCUACUGAUUCCACCUCCAACUCCGUGUCCAACUUCUGUGGGGUCGCCGCUACAGAAACUAAUAGACAUUCUAGCUGCAGCGUUCCUGACGCCGAAAACAUACAUGGUUUCUUUUCACAAUUACCUUCAUUUGAUCGACUUGUGCAAUCAAAUUCAAGUCAAGCGUAUCCGUUGUCAGAUAACAGUGUUCAACCUCCUAAUAUGCUGAGCUCAGAGAAAGGUUUCCUUAGACGUAAUGGAUCUGAACAGUCGGAUGAGCAUAUGUGGCUGUAUGAAGAUCCACAGGGUCGAACACAAGGUACUUUCAGUGAUGCACAAAUGAAUGAAUGGCUUAUGGCUGGGAUUUACUUUACUCCAAAUCUUCGUAUACGACGUCAAUGUGAUGAUACAUUUUCUACUCUCGCCAGUUACACACAGUUGUUUGAACGUGUUCCAUUUGUCUCUGGUCCUCGAAUACCCCCUAUUCGUGGAGAGAUCAAUCAAGCUAUGUUAGCUCUGUCUACACAUUUUAAAAACUCCGAUAACCCUCUGACAGAUUUGUCACCUUGUAAUUCAACCAAUCAUGAUCAAUCAGAGGGUAGUAGAGUAAAUGCAAGUAUGGUUGGAAAUUCCACAAUUGACACUAGUCGUUCAUUGUUGUCAGAACCACAGCACCAGUUGUACCAGCAACUUUCAGAUUUUUCCACAUCAGCUUCUAACGCUACAACGUCUGUUGCCGGAAUAUCGGUACCUACUUGUCAAGUUACUGAAGAGGGUUUAAACACCACGAAUUCUAGAAGUCUUGCCUAUGGCCCUAUCAAUACAUCAGUUCCUGUGAGUGUACCCAUAUCCUUGCUAAAUAAUUCAAUUAAUAACCUGAGAAUUCGAGACAAUGCAGAAGCAGACUUCAAAUCUGUAUUAGACAAUCCUAAUAAUGUUCAACAACACAAACAGGCCAUUUCUUCAGCCUCGACAUUCAUGAACUUGACUUCUUUGAUUCCACUGAAUCCAUCCUUCCCAUCUUUUAACUUGCAGUUCCCCUCCAGACUUCAGGGCACUAAUGGAACUACUAUGGAUGACCUUACUUCAGCAGCUAGUUCAUUUCUAUCUCCAGGUUUUUGGUCAGUUUUAACCCAGUACUUGAACUUGCAUCCUCCAUCUGCAAAUCAGACUUCUACUCCUAUGCAGCAACUCGCAGAAACAGCGCAAUUGGCGGCUCAGCUCGCAGCUUUGGUUGGCUCUCAUAGUCCGGAUCAAACUCCUAUGCAGCCAUCUCAGGCGUUAGCUUUAGCGCAAUUACUGAUUACUCGAGGAGUCGGGUUGGGUAGUAUCAGCGCAGAAGCGCCUGUCUCUAACGGUUUGCUCACUUCUAAGAAAGAUAAGCCUUCUGAUAACGAAUGCAUUGCCAAUUCAUCGAUCUUCCAUACUUCAGAAAUCAGUGCUGUAAGUGAGCGACAUCAAGAAUCUCAAACACAAUGGCCUUCUCUUGGUUCUACGCUAAAUCAAAAUGCACCUCAUUGUAGUGAAGGGCGAUUCAAUCCAGUACCACUUAACAAGGUAUCUAGUGAGUUAUCUUAUGGGAAAAACUGUGGGAAAGACUUGUCAGAUAAUACUUCUGCUGUCAGUCAAAAUCUUCAUAGCUGUCGUCCAAAUUAUUUAGACAAGCCUCAAUCUACACUUUCAAAGCCUUCGACUAGUCCUCGAUCGACUAAUGUUAAGUCUAAAAUCCAACCAGAUUCAACAUUAUCUGAACCUGUCCAGUCAACUUCUUUAGAUGGAUAUAACCGGACUCAGCAAAAUGGCCGAGGCCCCAAAAAUACUGAGGCUUGUUCUGGAGGUUCUGUGCGCAGUACAGAGCAGAAACAGACUGCAAUUAGUUCGUCUCGAACAGGGUCAACAAAUCAAAGCAGAGUUAAGGGGUCUAAAUCAAAUAACGUCCGGUCACCUACAAAGGCAGUAGUUCAGAAUAAUUCCUUGUCAUCCCAGGUAUCCUCUACCAUGAACAUUCGUCCUACGGAAGCAGCUUGCACCUCAGUUGCAUCAAAUUCGGAAACAGAUCCGGACCAGACAGUUGAGGAUGAACUCAAAAAGCUUACUCAGUGGUGUCAAUCGAGGCUUGGUUCAAUGCCGAUGCGUGAAAAGGUGGAUAUUCCUACUGUUGUUGAGUUACUGGCUACACUAGAUGCCCCUUACGAAGUUGAACGAAUGGUCCAGACCUUUUUGGGAGAAACUGCUCGUACAGCUCAAUUUGUGAAAGAUUUUCUUGAUCGUCGUCGGCCAUUUUGGCAGUUGCAUAGGAAACGACGGGAACAAGAGAGUACAAUCCAAGAAUCAGCAGGUCAAAAUUCUAAUCAGCCCACAAGUACAGUUCGAUCAACUGAAAAAAAGAAACGUACUAACCCGAAUGAUACCGCCACUAAUAAUACACAGCGCCAGAAUUCAAGCAUUUGCAAUGGACUGAGUUGGAAUAAAUCAGAUUCUACUCACUUAUCUAACAUUGAACAAAUACAGGACAACCAGUGGCAUCACAUCAAACCUAAAGGAAGUCAUAAUCGUAAAAGCAAAAAAGAUAAAUCUGCGUGA